AAAAAGUUAUAUUAUUAUUUUAUUUAUUCCUCUGUCUUCCCACGUCAUUUUUCAUUAUAGUUGAUCGAGAAUGACGACUGCGCAAUACACUAACGAAAACGCGACACCGCCGACCACCUGAUCUAUCUGCAACUUCUCUCCACACUCCGCCAUUAGAUAUGGAGGAGCAAUUCAUACUCAGAGUUCCACCGAAUGUUGCGGAGCGGAUAGAGCGUCUUCUGAAUGAAAACAAUGCUUCUUCAUCGGAGGAUAAGUCGUUAGAUUUGCAAUUUGGCGAGGAUGGAAGAAGCGGUACGUUUGUGAUUGGGGAUGAGCACUUCCCAGCUUCUCUAUUGGAUCUUCCUGCUGUGGUUGAAUCAUACAAGACUUAUGAUGAUAACUCUUUGGUUAAGACUGCUGAUAUUGGUCAGAUGAUUAUGGUGAGGGAAUCUGGUGAUGCUGCUCCAGAUGUAAUUGAGUGUAGACAUGGCCUAACACCUCCGAUGAGAGAUGCCCGCAAGCGUAGAUUCCGCAGAGAGCCUGACCUCAAUCCUGAGCUUGUCUCUCGUGUUGAGAAAGAUCUUCUCAAAAUCAUUGCUGGAGGAACGGCUGAAAAUCUUGAUGUGGAAGUAGCUGAGCAAGAAGGGGAAGAGAAUGCUCGAAGUGCUAAUAAAAAACCUGCAGCUACACCUGCAUCAAAGCAUGAUGUUCCAGAGACUCAUACAAAUGCUGGAGAUGCUGACAGGAGCGAUUCUGAUGAGUCUGAUGAAUCAGUUUGAUCGAUAUUAACUACCAAUUAGUAUUUUAUAUCAGAUGAAUGCUUGUAAACACCUUUUUUACAUAUUCUUGAACACUCUAUGAAUAAUAGAUUAUUUUAUAAAAAAAGUCAAUUUUUGAAAAAAUA